GGCCCUUUUCCCCUUGACAGACAGGCAUAUAAAUAACCACCUUAGCUGCUAACCAAUUUUCAAUCCAAUGAUCCACCUCACAUUGUUUCAUCACUCCUUAAAGAUGACAACAGCAGAAGAAACUUCAAACUUGGAUCUCAUACGGCAACAUCUCUUAGGGGAGAACAUCUCAGAUUCAUUCCUCACCAAUCUCCACCCUGUAAAACUUGAACACCCCUCAUCACCAGAAUUUGACUUCACCUCAUAUAUUUCAGACCACAGCAGCUUCUUCACUUUCCUUGAAGGCUAUGAUUUGGUAGCAGACAUGGAGUUUGUUGAUCACAAGAAGGCACUCAAGUCCACAGGAGCCAUCACCACGCCCUCAAAGGAACCAAAUAAAUGCAAUUCCCCUGAACCAAUAUCAGAAGGGAAGGCAAAGAAAUCAUCAGAAUAUGAUGAGGCAAAGCGUUAUAGGGGAGUUAGGAGAAGGCCUUGGGGGAAGUUUGCUGCUGAAAUCCGUGACCCUACAAGGAAAGGGGCAAGGGUAUGGCUUGGCACUUUUGACACUGAAAUUGAUGCUGCUAAGGCCUAUGAUUGUGCUGCUUUCAGGAUGAGGGGUCAGAAGGCCAUUCUGAACUUCCCUCUUGAGGCUGGAAGGUCUGAUCCAAAGCCAAACUGUUGUGGCAGGAAAAGGAGAAGAGAGAGCCAUGAUUAUGAAUUGAAGCUGCCACAACAAGUCCAUGUUCAGUUUCAUCAUGGUGUGUCAUGAGAAGAAAAAUAGAGUUGUGUAGCUAGCAUAAGUCUCUUCCUUAGCUAGGAAAAUAUAUAUGUUUAUUACCCUUGCUUGUUUAGUUUAGUUUGUGCAUAGAAGCAACGCUAAUGUGAAGGGAAAUCUCUAUGUGGAAUUUAUGCAAAUAUCUGGUGCAUGUUGUGAAGGUUUUACUAACUUUGAGGACCAAAGGUUACAAAAUAUUAGUCAAUUCCUGUGUGAAAAUACAGAUUAAAAUGAACCAACUCCAACACAUUUUCUUA